UCUUCUCAUUCUUUUCUUAUCACGAAUGGCAAUCUCCAGAGUCAGAAACAAAACUCUAGCUCCACUGAAACCCUGUUCGAGAUGACCCCUUUUUUCUGUAAUGGGUAGUGGAAGUCUCUUAGCCAACAUCAAUAUCUCUCUUGAUAAUCCAGAUGUAGGUAUGGAAGGAGUGGAGAGAAGGGAAGAGAACUUUGAUGCCGGGAACCAAAUCGAUACUGCUGGGGACCAAUCGGAAGCUGCAAAUCAGAAGAGAAAGCCAAACCCGAAGUCAAUUGCUACCACUGGUUUAAAUUUUACAACGGCAAAAAUCAAUGAAAUAAUACCUUAUUUAAAGAGCUUCUUGAAUUAUGCAUCAGAAGAAGUCGUUCCAGUUAUGAAGAGCUUUUUAUAUUAUACAGAAGAGAUAGUUAAGAAGAAAAUCAUUCCCGAUUUCGAUAGAUGUUUCAAUUUUACAGGGGAGGUAAUAUUAAAAAAAGUCAUUCCUUCUGUCAAGAACUUUUUGUAUUCAGCUGAGGAGAAAGCAAACAAAGAAAUUGUUCCUAUAGUAAAGAGCUUUUUGAGUUCUUCAAAUGAGAAAUUGAAUACUGAAGUCAUUCCUUAUGUCCAGAGCUGUUUGAAUUCUACAAUGGGCAUAGUAAUGAAAGAAGUCAUUCCUACAGUUAAGAGCUUUUUGUUAUCCGCGAAGGAGAAAAUGAACAAUGAAGUCAUUCCUACAGUUAAGAGCUUUUUGUUGUCUAUGGUGGAGAAAAUAAACAAAGAAGUUAUUCCUUGUGGUAAGAGAUAUCUAACUAUUUCAAAGGAAAUAAUACAGGAUGAAGUCAUUCCCUUUAUUAAGAGGUUUUCGUAUGCAGCAGUUAAUAAAGUGUUCAAUGAAGCAAUUAUUCCUACUGUUAACUGCUGUUUGUAUUUUCUAGCGGAGAUAGCGCAAAAGUCGUUUCCUUCUCUUACAAAUGUUGCGAUCUCUGUAGGAAUCUUUUGCAAAGAACAUCCAAGGUUGUUUUUAGUUGUUUUGAUCAUUUGUUGUGUUUGGAAACUUUCUUGGUCUCCUUUUUCAACUAAGAUGAUGAAAGCCCCUGGAAGAAAUUACAAGAUAUCAAGGGCAGAUUUUGAGAGAAACCCAAGAUCCUAUUUUAGGAAACACAUAAUAAAGGAAAGUAAGUCGGGAAAGAUCAUGGUGGUGGCGGUGGUAGUGGUCGUGGUGGUUGUGGUUGUGGUGGGUUUAAUUGCUUUAAGUUAGAAAUAAAGUUAAAUUACUAGGAGUAGGGACUAGCGAGUAUUGCUGGACUAGAAUGAGCAUCUUGCGUACGGGUUCUUGCAUCUCUUGGUCCAAAUCUUGUUGUGAUUUUUUACUGUGUCCAAAUAAAGCAAAUUCUAUAACAACUAGUAUAGUGUGGCGGGGCUUCGCCCCGCACCCGUAGUCAAAUGCAUCAUAUUUUUUUUGAACUUUCAUUAGUAUGAUUUUUAUAAAGGACUGUGGAACUUUAAUGUCCAUUAGAUAUUUAAUGAGUCGAUGAUUGAGAUUUGGUAUGAUAAAUUUAAAUUCAUGUAAUAUUAUUUUUCCGACACAUGUUACAAUAAUUAAAAAAAGUUGACUCCA